ACCACAGAUAGAAACACAAACUCAAUCUUUGUCAUUUUCAAGCUCAAGCUACACUUUUUGCCAUGGCGGCAGGACUCUCCGCCACCAUAACCUUGAAGCCCCUUCGUCUCCACCACCAACCCUUGUCUCCUUUCAUUCCCAAGCCAACCCCAACACUGCUCUUCACCCCCUUGAGAUGUUUCCUUCACCGCACAACCCCUCGAAUUCAAAGAAUGAAAAGCUUCACCGUUUGUGUUCUCAUGGAGGAUCCAAAGCAUGCCACCAACAUCGAAACUGAAGCAGAAGAAACACCCCCUCAAGCGAAUUAUCCUCAAGCUGUGUCACCAAAAAUGGUAGAGAAAUUGGCCAGAAAAAAGUCCGAGAGGUUCACAUACCUUGUUGCAGCAGUGAUGUCUAGCUUGGGUAUCACAUCAAUGGCAGUGUUAUCUGUUUAUUACAGAUUUUCUUGGCAAAUGGAGGGUGGAGAAAUUCCUUGGUCUGAAAUGUUUGGCACAUUUGCUCUCUCAUUUGGUGCUGCUGUGGGUAUGGAGUUUUGGGCUAGAUGGGCUCACAAGGCUCUCUGGCAUGCUUCCUUGUGGCACAUGCACGAGUCCCACCAUCGACCAAGAGAAGGACCCUUCGAGCUGAACGAUGUUUUUGCAAUAAUCAACGCUGUCCCUGCCAUCGCUCUCCUUUCCUACGGUUUCUUCCACAAGGGAUUGGUCCCUGGCCUCUGCUUCGGUGCCGGUCUUGGAAUAACAGUUUUUGGGAUGGCCUACAUGUUUGUACACGAUGGCUUAGUUCAUAAGAGAUUCCCGGUGGGCCCCAUUGCCAAUGUGCCCUAUUUCAGAAGGGUAGCUGCUGCUCACAAACUUCACCAUUCGGACAAAUUCAAUGGGGUGCCAUAUGGGCUGUUUUUGGGACCAAAGGAAGUUGAAGAGGUGGGAGGGCUAGAAGAGCUGGAGAAAGAGAUAAUUAGGAGAACAAGAUCAUACAAUAGUUCAUGACAAAAUCAAAUAUGAAUCAAGAGUUGUUUCAAAUAAUUAUCAGUGUAAAGAAAGAGUCAAUGAAAUGAUUUCAAAAUUUUGCCUGCAUUUAUACAGUUAUUAAUUACAAUGAUGUAAGAAAAAUAGAUAUGAAAUAAUAGUAAUAACAUGA